AUGAAUCUUCUCAUUCUCUGUGGAUUUUCCCUCCUGAAACUCGUUUGUGCAUCCAUUCUUCUUCAGACUCCGGUGGACCUAGGGCCGUUCUACAAUAAUAAGGCAGCCGCACGAGACGGAUACCAGGCUAACUUUGAUGGUGCGCACGGGUCAUACCCUGCUGAGUACCUGCCCGCAGGAACAUUGAUUGAUCAGAAUAUUCAAUAUACGCUGCCAGAUUUCAUGAACCCGGACGAGAUUGUUUACGACAAUAUCAAUUGCACAGGGCAAACGAUCCCCUUGCCCAGAGGCAAGUAUCAUUCUUUCAACUUCCUAGGUGCAACAGAUGGUUCCGCUACCUUGAAUGGAGAAUUUUUCGCGAUUUACAAUGAUCACACAAUCGAGCCGCUUGGGUUCGUUAUCGCUCCAUGGUGGCUUGUGAACCCUUCUGAUGGUCCUGUAGUUGCACCAUUUUUGAAUGAACUGUACAACGGGACAAUGCGCCGCAAUUAUAACACCACCCGCAUGUUCACGUUCGAGCAUCAUCUGGACAACUCGAAGGACCUUUCACCAAUCGAAGCUCCCCCCGAACUCGAUGUUCAGAAUGUUCGAAGUACUACGAAAUUUCGAAUAAUCGGUGAUGCCAAAGUUCAACUGAUAGAAAUCAAGCUCAAUAAUCUUGCCCCAUCCAAUUCUGGCUUUUCAACCUGGAUCACCACAAAUCAUACUGUUGCUCUUGUCUCAGACGGCCUGAACACGGUCCUUCCCGGAUUUUUCAGACGUCUUCGCGGAGGAGAUCAAAUCCGGAUCAUCGUGGGAGUCCAAAAUGCCGAGGGCGUUGAUGAUGGCACAACUAUUCAUGCAGAAGUGCUGAUUCGCGAUGAGGAAGGAAGGACUGUUUCAAGAUCACAUGGAUGGAAGGUGACAGCCGGCAUCCCGCCUUUUGUUACUGGAGAUACCUCGUUGAAGACUCAUGAAUCUCCUGAGUGGUUUGAUGGUGCGAAGUUUGGGUUGUUCGUUCACUGGGGUAUCUAUUCCGUACCCGCAUGGACGAUCUCCGGGACCCAAUAUGCUGAGUGGUAUUGGUACUGGCAACACAAUCCAGCCAACGCAUCUUCUGCCGUCUGGACAUACCACAAAGAGGUAUAUGGAGAACAGUUUCUCUAUGACAUGUUCUUCGACAACUUUACCGCAUCGGCGUUCAACGCGACAGAGUUCGUGCAAUUCGUAGCGGACAUUGGUGCCAGGUAUUAUGUGCUGACGACGAAACAUCACGAUGGAUUCGCACUGUUCGACAGCGGAAACUCGAGCCACAGAAACUCGUUGAACUACGGUCCAAAGCGUGAUUUAGUUAAGGAAAUUGUGACAGCAGCGAAAGCGACUCAACCCCAGAUAAAAAAUGGGUUGUAUUUUUCUCUCCCGGAGUGGUUCAAUCCCGCAUUUGCGAAAUAUGGACAUGCAGAUACAGGGGAUGACCUGUAUCAUCGUCGGUCGCAAGACCCUUCUAAUCCUGGCUAUAACAUACUCCAACGAACUGGAUGGGCGGGCGGUUUAGCUCACAACGCCUAUAAUUGGUCAGCGCCACUGGAGAAUUACACAGGCUACAUUCCCGUCGAUGACUUUUUGCAAGACAUUAUGAAGCCGCAGAUGGAGACGUUGAUGUAUGACUAUGACAUGGAUAUCAUGUGGUGCGACGUUGGCGGUCCAUCCGUGUACCCAGAUAUCGCUUACCAGUGGUAUAACUAUGCGGCGGCGCAAGGCAGGCAAGUACUCGCGAAUGCGCGGUGUGGAGCUAACUACUCUGACUUCGAUAACCCAGAAUAUUCGAAAACGACUCACCUGAAGCUGCGUAAGUGGGAGUCGAGCGAAGGCUCAGAUCCAUACUCGUACGGCUUCAACAGAAACACGACAUGGGACCACUAUCGCAACGCGACUUACAUCGUGCGAUCGCUCGUCGACAUCGUGUCAAAGAACGGAAAUUAUUUGAUUGAUAUCGGACCAAUGGCGGAUGGCACGAUUGUCCAGCCUAGUCGAGAGAGCUUACUGGCCGUUGGAGCCUGGUUAUCAUUCUCCGGGGAUGUCAUUUACGACAGCCAGUUUUGGUACGUGACUGCAGAGGAGAACGACUUGCGCUUCAUGACGAAACCUGAUGCUUUUUACAUCGUUACCCUUUCUUACCCUUCGGACGGUGUGAUCACUUCAAUUUCACCGCUGCCGAUUAUAUCGGGGGAUGUUGUCGUGGUCUUGGGACCUGAUGGAGACAGCAAACCGCUGGAAUGGAAGUGGACACAAGAAAGGACUUUCAAGUUAUGGUUCGACCUGGCUUUGUUAGAUGGCGUCGAACAUGCUUGGGCUUUCAAAGUGAUCUACACCUAA